AUGGCAGAGAACGAAAGCCCAAACGAAGCAGGGGCACCGCUCCACCCGCCUUCUUCAACGAAAUCCACUGCCGGAGUCCUUCUCCGGCCAACUGUCGCCAUCUUUUUAGUGGCACUCACUACAACCCUCUCCCUCACUUGCCUCCUCAUUCGUCUAUACGCUAAAAACUGCAGGCGGCACGGCGCCGCCAGCUCUUCCAACGGUAUGCCAACGUAUGGCACGGGAGCCGCCGUGCAGCGAACGUCCGGCGUCGACCGGACAGUGAUCGAGUCUCUACCGUUUUUCCGGUUCGGUUCGCUUCAAGGGGAGAAGGAAGGAGCAGAGUGCGCCGUAUGCCUUGCCCGGUUCGAGGCCGCGGAGCUCCUCCGCCUUCUUCCGAAAUGUCGACACGCCUUCCACGUUGACUGCGUCGACGCCUGGCUUGAGUCGCAUUCCACGUGUCCAUUAUGUCGGUCUCGCGUCAACCCUGAAGACGUCUUGCUCCUCUGCGGCGGCGCCGACGACCGACCGCCUCCGCAGCCCGAGCGGCGGAUUUCUAACCGGAAGUCGUCGGAGGGGGAGGGUUCUUCCUGUACUUCCGUUCUUCCGGUGACAGGGGAGAGGCAGAGGAAGGAUGGAUUGCUUCUACCGUCGAGCCACCGUGUGAUUUUCCCUGGUGGAGAGGGAAUGCGAGAGCGUUGGAGCGAUUUGCGGCCGGAGGAUCUGAUGUUUCUGCGAUUGGAAGGUAGAAGCGGAGAAGUAAGAGAAAGAGGCAGCAGGAUCGGGUCGAGAAGGAGCGAGUCGGCGCUGAUUUUGGAGCGGCCGCCGGAGGAGGAGAGAACGAUGCAGAAAUGGGUUGGCUUUGCGGCUAUGAGGACGGCGAGGUGGCCGGGAGGAGGUCAGCAUAGCGGUGGCUAG